CUCACAGGCACAGCGGGUCAGAUACUCACGAAGUAAAAGGUCAGACAUGAGUUUUAUAAUAUAUCCAUAGGUAUCCACUGGUAUACCUAUUAACACUGUUGGCCCAAAACUCAUCAAGCCGGCCCAUGAAUCUAACCUUAGCUUUGCUUUCCUUCAAUCCAGCCCAUGGGGACCCCUCCUCUUCCCCCCACCGAGUUGGACAAUGUAGCCACAUUGCCUAUCAUUCUCUCCUCCCAUGGUACAACUACAAAUAAGGUCUUAAAUGUGCUGUCCAAGGCACUGCCAUGGCUAGAUCAGCUGUCUUCACUGCUGAGGAGGUUGUGGCUACCGUUGCCUUCACCAUGGAGGUUGAAGCCACCGUCUCCACCAUCAAGGAGGCCAUGGCCGCUGCUACCAUCUCUGCCACCGAGGAGGUUGUGGCCACUAUCGUUGUCAUGAACUCAUGAUGGAGGGCAUGGCCAUGGCUAGAUCCACGACUCGCCUUGCUGCCAUGGCUUAGGAUCCACCGCCCAUGGCUAGAUCUGUGCCUCUCCUACAACACCAUGGCCACCACCAUCCUCCUCAAGUUCAGCACUGCAUCUUCCCCCAUGCCUCAACUAUGGCAACAACAGAUCCAUGAAGAUGACCCGACUCGCCGCCCACCACAAAAAAUUUCCACCGCGCGGAGUAUCUCCACUGUUUUUUCUCGUCUCUUCUCCUUCAGGAAAGCCAUGGAAAACUUCUAGGCACUUCUUGCAAGCUGCGCCGCUCUGAUCGAAGGUUAAAUUCCGAGGCCAUUGCUUUGCUGGUUUCGCUUGCGUUUGCUUUGCUUUGCUUUGCUUUGCUCUGCACGGUGAGCUAGGUAGGUGCCCCAUUGAUAUGGCCAUGGCUGCGCCGUGCUCGUCGUCUUGCUAUGCCGGCGCCACGACGAGUCCUCCGCUUGUGGUUCGUCCUGCGGGCGUCAGGAGCGAGAAGCUAUGGUGGGCAGCUGGCAGCAGCGGGAGGAGCUGUAGGCAGCAGCAGGGGAGGAAGAGGCAGCAGCUGUCCGUCUGCGCCACGGCGGCGCCGCCGCCGCCCGUGGCGGGAGCCGGCACCGACGCCGACGCCGUGGCUUCGCUCAAGAUCAAGCUGUUGAGCGCGGUGUCCGGGCUCAACCGGGGCCUGUCGGCGAGCCAGGAGGACCUGGACCGGGCGGACGCGGCGGCGAGGGAGCUCGAGGCGGCGGCGGGUGGGCCUGUGGACCUGAGCAGGGAUCUCGACAAGCUGCAGGGGCGGUGGAGGCUGGUCUAUAGCAGCGCGUUCUCGUCGCGGACGCUCGGCGGCAGCCGCCCCGGCCCGCCCACCGGCCGCCUCCUCCCCAUCACUCUCGGCCUGGUGUUCCAGAGGAUCGACGUGGUCAGCAGGGACUUCGACAACAUCGUGGAGCUCGAGCUCGGCGCGCCAUGGCCACUGCCGCCGGUCGAGGCGACGGCGACGCUGGCGCACAAAUUCGAGCUCAUCGGGGCCUCGGGGAUUAAGAUCACGUUCGAGAAGACGACGGUGAGGACCAAGGGGAGCCUGUCCCAGCUGCCGCCGCUGGAGGUGCCCCGCAUCCCCGACAGCCUCCGGCCGCCGUCCAACACCGGGAGCGGCGAGUUCGAGGUGACCUACCUCGACGACGACACCCGCAUCACCCGCGGGGACAGGGGGGAGCUCAGAGUGUUCGUCAUCUCGUGAGCUCCGAUGGCAGGCACGGCCACACACUUGUAGUCUUCUGCCAUUCCACGAUCCUUCCUACAUGUUCGUGCUUCCAUUUCGCCUCUGACUAUCAUGUAGUCCGGAAUUCUGAAUUCUGCCAACAUGUGAUUCUGUAAAUCUUUAUAGAGUUGGAGUUGUUUGAAAUUA